AUGGCCCGCAUCCAGGUGGCAUUCACGGCUGGAGGCAGCGACGGCGCCUGGGCACUCGCUGUUCUUUCGAGGUGGACGUCCCACCACUUGGGCAGAAGGAAUUUUCGGGAGACGCACACUUCUGCAGAGGUUCUAAUCCGAGAAACCCAGACCCGACAGCUUAUCGCACGCAGUAAAGUGUUCAAGCGAGGACUCCCGUUCUCCUGGUUGCGCUUUCUUGUUAGUCUUGUGUCGCUGGUUUUGGUAUUCUCAGAUAUUUUUCGUGGUGGCCUUGGGGUAUCGAACCUAGAGAAAUAUUACCCUUCACUACACCCAGACGAAGUGCUGGGAUUCGGGACAUCGUGGAAUUAUUCCGUCUUCGCGGUAACCAAAGAGGAUGGGUACAGUGGAAAGGUAGACGCAGCAGUCUGGACGUACAAGUUUGAUUCUACGUCGAUCGUUUGGCGCGCUUUCGCC